AAGAUUCUUAACUAAGAAGAGGCAGAGAAGACAAAAACAAAACAGUUUCCGUCCGUCACUCGUUCCGACAACAAAACCUCCGAUUAAACAAACCUCCGUCGGGAUUUCAAAUGGAAUCACGGGUAUUGUUCUCGAGUCAACUCUACUUUCCGCCGCCGGUUCAGAAUCGCGACAACUCGAUUGCUCCUUCGUUGUUGGCGCCUCCUUCCCGGAAUGCUCUCUCCUUCUCUUUCCCAGAAUUAACCCGAUCUGCAAUGAGGAUCGGAAAAACACUUGUAAAAGCUGCUCCAAUCGUAGCGGAGGUUGGUGAUGUUUCGAGAAGAGAUGGAGUCAUAAUAAUAAGAAGGAAGAAGCUUGCUGUGUUUGUGUCCGGAGGUGGUUCCAAUUUCAAGAAGAUUCAUGAGGGAUGCAGUGUUGGUUCUGUUCACGGGGAUGUUGUUUUGUUGGUCACUAACAAUAAAGAUUGUGGAGGUGCUGAGUAUGCAAGAAGUAAUGGCAUUCCUGUUUUAGUAUUCCCAAAAGGGAAACGAGAACCAUCUGAUGGACUCUCUUCUACAGAGCUCGUUGAUGUUCUUAGGGAAUAUGGUGUAGACUUUGUUCUUCUAGCUGGAUAUUUGAAACUUAUACCGGUUGAGCUGGUGCAAGCUUUUCCUAAACGGAUUCUAAAUAUCCAUCCUGCGCUUCUUCCGGCUUUUGGAGGCAAAGGGCUUUAUGGUGAGAGAGUUCAUAAAGCUGUUCUUGCAUCUGGAGCUAGGUAUUCAGGUCCGACAAUUCACUUUGUCGAUGAAGAGUACGACUCAGGGCGUAUACUUGCUCAAAGUGCAGUCCGCGUGAAUGCUAAUGAUACACCAGAGGAAUUGGCCAAAAGGGUUCUUCGUGAGGAACACAAACUCUAUGUUGAGGUAGUAGCUGCAAUCUGCGAAGAACGUAUAAAAUGGAGAGAAGAUGGUGUUCCUCUCAUUCAAAGCAAAGAAAACCCUGACGAGUAUUAUUAGAUCAUUGACAAAUGAAGUUCAACCACAUUGGAUCUCAGAUUAGUUCCAUUUUCAAAUCAAUGUAUUUCAACCUUAGGUCAUAUAGUCUUCAGGCUGUAGAAGAAGUUUUUGCGCAGAGUAUAGAUUGUGAAAUGUUUCUGAAAGCUCAAGUUUUGUUUCAGUUUGGUCAGAAUUAUAUGGAAGGAGAUGAAAUUAAAGCCAAGAGACUUUUUGUAUUGUGUAAUACCAAAAGCUUUAUCCAAUUUUUUUCCCUAGAGUGUUUUAUUA